UACACCCAAAACGUCGCAUUUAAGGACUGAGGAGUGGAGCUGGGUCGUAUCGUCUCCGUUGCCUUCGCGGCUCAACGGAGCGUCGGAAACUUGUUCCAAAGAGAUUUGCGGACAUUUCAAGCCACCAUGAAGAAGUCUUGCAUCCGCGUCCUUCCGCUCGUCGUCCUUUUAACAUGCGCCCAAGUUGCAAAAGGAACACCCUUCCCACACGGGGGCGCCCACUCCACCGCCGAAAUGCGCCAAAGAAACAAAAACUGGUGCGCACACGUCGUGCACAAGAACGUCAGCUGCGCCGUGGUGGCGGGCUCGGAGAGCUUUGCGCAGCCGGAGUUUCUGCCUUGCCGCCUGGAGAUGAACAACUGUGCACCACGAGUCAUAUAUCGCACGCACUUCAGGCCCACAUACAAGUUGGACUACAAGACGGUGACGGAGCUGCAGUGGAGGUGCUGCCCAGGCUUCCAGGGCCACGACUGCAUGGAGGUGAAAAGCAGCAACAAGCCGCUCGAGCGAAGCCCAGAGAAUCAGACCCCGUUUGCUUCUGGACGCAUUCCAACCGAGCGGACGGACCACCAGGGGGCCCCCCGUGGGAACCAUCCGUGGCGAGAUCCCGGUGGUGCGCCCCGCCUAGAGGAUGAGGUUCAGCAGCUCUCCCAGAUGGUACUGGACAUGCAGGCCAGGAUAACCGACUUGUCCUCCAACAUGAGGCUGGACUCGCAGGAGGACGCAAGCAAGAUCCUUCGUGUGCUGUUGGACCAGAUGGGGGAACUCAGCCAGCCCGCCAGCGCUAGAGGUGCCGAGACCAGGACGGUGGACUUGUUCAACGUGGAUGAGCUCAUGAACAAGAUCAGCCUCCUGGAGAGCAGGGGUGACACCUGGAACCAUCUGGAGGAACGGGUCAAUCGGCACGACGGACAAAUUCGGCAUCUAAUGGAGGACCCCACUGCGCCCCCCUCUGACGGCGACCUGCGGGCCUACGUGGACGAGAACAUCCGCGCUUUGAGGAAAGAGCUGACGGAGGGCAUGGAAAUCAAGCUGGCCGACCUGAAGAACUCUUGCGACUACAAGAUCAUGUCCGUGCACCACGAGUGCGAAGACCAGGAGGAGCAUUACCUCAGUCUGACCGAGCUCAUGGACUCCAAAGAAAAUGACCUCCGCCGCCAAAUGCAGGAGCUGAAGACCGAGCUGGAGGAGUCGCAAACCAGAGGGCUUCCGGACUUAAUUCUCGACCAACUCGAGGGACUUGUGAACUCUUCUGUGGCGGAGAAAAAUCUGAAGCAAGAGCAGGGAGAAGCCUUUAAGGACUUGAAGGAGAAGCUCAUUUCAAUGGAAGACAGAGUCAACCGUCAAACUCCGGAUGUUCUCCAAAAUGAACUAAACACUCUCAGGGGCUCUUUGCAAACAUUGGAGAACAGUCUACACACCUCGGACCUUGGACUCUUCAAGGCAAACGUGACGGUCUUGGAGACGAGUCAAAGGAACGCUUCGGAGAAGCUUCAAGCCGUGGAGGGUCGACUUCAAAACUUGGAGAGCCUACAUGGCGGACUGAGCGAUGUCAAAUAUCAGGCGGGCAGGCUGGAGGACCUGGGCUGUACCGGGGUCAUCAGCGAAGUGAGGCAGCUGGAGGCCGAGAGGUGCCGGAAGGUCCUGAAGGACGUCGCAGAAGUGGCGAGGGAGCUCCAGAUCCAGACGGGCGUGACGGUGGGAGCGGGACCUCCUCUGUCGGUACCUCCGAGCCCCGUGGACACGCCUCCUCAGACGCCUUCGGCCACGGAGACGGGCGAGGCGGGAGGAGCCCCGGGUAGGAGGACGUUGUCGACCAAGCUUCCCAAAGGGACGCAUGGCAGCACGGCGCGCGUGCUCGGCUUCGCCGGCGCGCCAGGUAAGUUUACCAGAACAGGCGGCUGCAGAUCAGAUGUCUUUGUCUUGAGAUGUGGUGAAGCAGCAUGUGGCUCGGCGCUUUGUGUUUAUUGUUUCUCAUCUGUGUUCUAUUACAAAGCUUCACCGGUAAACCUCGUUGAGCCCCUACCCUACAAACUUCCGUCCGUCGCAGCAGAUGCAGCGGCACGGCACAAACAGGACAAGAUCUCCUUCUCCGCCGGCCUCGCUCUGCCACCGAUUCACAGCAAGGUGGGCGUCGUCCGCUUCGACACGGUGCUGGUCAAUGAUGGAGGCCACUACGACCCAAGCACAGGCCUCUUCACGGCCCCAGUGGACGGCCGCUACCUGCUGAGCGCCGUGCUCGCCGCCCAACCCGGCACCAAGAUGGAGGCGGUCCUGUCGGUGGACCAGCGCGUCGUCCACAGGUUCGACUCCAGAGGGGGGGCGGCCCGCGAGCCGUUCCCCGGUCUCUGCCCCCCCGCCUCGGUCACCCUGGUGGUGUCCAUGAGGCGAGGCGAGCGGGCGGCACUGUCGCUGACGGCGGGGGAACUCGCCUCCGCCCACACCCUGUCGUCCUUCAGCGGCGUCCUGCUAUACCCGUCUCGUCGGUAGCCAUGUCCAUCUCUCACGUAGGAGCUGGAAAAGACUAAAAGGUGAAAAAAAUGACAUUCGUUAUGAAGGGAACAGUGGAAAGGUAACAAAACUAGUGACCCAUACCACUCACUAUUUGGCACCCUUCAAUCAUAGGGGUAGUUUAUCACUGAGUGACAUAGGCCACUUUUUGGCACCCUUGAAACGGUUGAAGCGUAACAAAUCAAAACAAAAACCAUCAAUCCUGGUGGAAGGGUACGAAAAUGAGAGCGUCAUACCACUUUUUGGCAUUCUUCACUCUGGGAGGGUAACAAAAUAAGUGAUCCGUACCACUUUUAGCACAAUGCAACCACACUGAAAGCGUACCUAAAUACCAAUUUUUGGCACCUAUCACCCACAGUGAAAGAUUACAAAAAGAAGUGAUCCACUCCUUUUUGUAACUUUUAAUUGGUACCAAUAAGAAGGUAUCAAAAUGAGUCAUACAUACCACUUUUUCAUUCAUUUCAUACAAUUGAUACCAUUUUUGGCACCCACAACACCAUUGGGGAGUUACCAAAAUGAGUGAUGCAUACCACGUUUUGAUACCCUUGAACUACAGUGAAUUAGUGCCAGAAUAAGUGACACAUACCACUAUUUGGGACCCUUCAACUGGAGUGGUUUCCCAAAUAAGUGUUCCGUAUUACUUUUUGGCACCCUUCACACUGGAAAGGUACAAAAAUGAGUGAUAGGGUCCACUUUUUUGGCAAACCCUCAUCCAGUAAUCCAUGUCAUUUCUGGCACCCUUCAACCACAGUGGUACAAAAUAAGUGAUCCAUGCCAAUUUAGUUUGUUGUUGUAUUUUUGAAUUCGCAUUUAUGAAAAUAAAUAUUUUGUUCCUCAACA